GCUGAGGACCCGGUUGCUGUGCACCGAUUGUUGUAGCUGGUCUGACGGUUCUCUGGUGGGGAAGUUUCUGGCUGUUGUACAGCAGGCAGCGGAGGCUCCGGUCGGUGAGGUGUGUCAGCCAUGACCUCGGUCGGUGUGAUGUCCCCCGCCGCGGCGGCAGCUAACGAUUACUAUGAGGAGGAAGAGCUGGAGAGUGCCGACGAGGAAGAUGACCGCAGCUUCAGGGGCCGGGAGUCUGAUGAGGACACUGAAGAUGCAAGUGAGACGGAUGUAGCAAAGCACGACAGCGUGGACUACGUGGAAAUGAAAGAACAAAUGUAUAAGGAUAAACUGGCUUCUCUGAAGAGACAACUGCAACAGCUUCAGGAAGGUACACUGCAAGAGUAUCAGAAACGAAUGAAAAAAUUAGAUCAGCAAUACAAGGAGAGGUUGAGAAAUGCUGAACUUUUCUUACAACUAGAGACCGAGCAGGUGGAAAGGAACUACAUCAAGGAGAAGAAAGCAGCUGUGAAAGAGUUUGAAGAUAAAAAGAUUGAACUGAAGGAGAAUUUGAUAGCAGAAUUGGAAGAAAAGAAGAAAAUGAUUGAAAAUGAGAAAAUAACGAUGGAGCUGACAGGAGAUUCCAUGGAAGUCAAACCUAUUAUGACUCGAAAAUUGCGCCGUCGGCCAAACGAUCCUGUACCAAUUCCUGACAAAAGAAGGAAACCAGCACCUGCGCAGUUGAAUUAUCUUCUCACAGAUGAACAAAUCAUGGAGGAUUUACGGACCCUAAACAAGGUGCGGCGUCCGUGCCCGGAGGGUGUUGUGGAGCAGUUAAAAUCCCCAAAAAGACCUGUAUCGCCUUCGACUCCAGAACAUCUUCCAGCAACACAAACGGAGUCUCCUGCCCAACGCUUUGAAGCUCGGAUAGAAGAUGGAAAGCUCUAUUACGAUAAAAGAUGGUACCACAAGAGCCAAGCAAUAUACCUGGAAUCCAAAGACAACACAAAAAUCAGUUGUGUAAUUAGUUCUGUGGGCACGAAUGAGAUUUGGGUCAGGAAAAGCAGUGACAGCACAAAAAUGAGGAUAUACCUUGGACAGCUCCAGCGGGGUUUGUUUGUUAUCCGCAGGCGUUCAGCAGCGUGAAACCCAACAGACUCUUCAAGUGACGUUUCUCAUUUAACAAGUUAACAUACAAGUGAAUGAAUGUUGACAUCACUGACCAAUAUGAAGAAGUUCCCAUUGUGAUCAGCGAAUAAUUACAGAAAUGAAGUUUUCAAGGCCUUUCCGGACUCCAAGGUUGACCAGUUGAGUGUAAAACUUCAAGAAAGUAUUUUUCGUGACUGGUCUGUUCUUCGCCGUAAUUGAAGCAGAAGAUUCUCGGAUAAUUAUCCUGCCUAAAAUGCCUAAAUUGAAGCUAAGAGAGACUCUCUUCCCUUCACUGAAAAUUCCCUGACGAAAGGCUUGUCCAAAUUCUGUGUUGUAGAUGGAUUUUAUGUUGUAAUCUCUCUAUAAACAAAUCGGAGGGAAUAAGAAAUGAACUGCAGAAUUUUAACGGUGCUAGGCCCUUAGCUUUGAGUGGAAUUAGGUAAAAUGACAUAUUGACUCUCUCCUCUACCAGUCUGGUUUCAUAGCAGAGUCCAGAGAGGAAGGUUUUUUUUUUUUCCUUUCUCUUAUUACAUUUUUAAGUGGCCCUUAUUUUUAUACAAAAAAUAAAAUAAAAACCAAGAGUGUUUCCUAGGUCAUGCUUUCAUAAGUCUACAGAGUUUCUAAAAGCCUUAAAAGGUGGAACUGAUUAUUUAGUGGUCUGCUGCAUUUGAUUAAUCAAAAUCACUGACCAGCUGUGACAUUUACUUUGUUUUUAACAGUCAAAUCCAGUUAUAUCUAUUAACACCCUCACGGAAAAGAUUAUUUGGUAAUACAAUUUUAAUGUACAAAAGCCCCUUAAAAUGUAUACUGUGUAAGGGUAAUUUGAUGGAAGUGGGUUUUAUACCAGUCUAAAAAUGAAUCUGUUGCUCAUGCACAGUUUUAAAUGCUUCGGGUGAUGCCUCCAUGUGGCAUUGUUUGCAAAAAAUGUGGCUGCUUUAAAGGAAUCUGUUACCUCCGCAAAGUCCAAUUAAAUACAGUAAUAUAUGUAUAGAACGACUGCUGCUGACCUCGGAUCAGUGAUUUGUAUGUCAAUGUGCACCCAUAAACUGGUCCUGGAAUACAUUGAGGUGACUCUUGAUGGAGAGGAUGCCAGGAGAAGUCCUCUCUAUGCAUUCCACAGCUGGUUUGUGGGCGCAUAGCGGGAGAAUGGGGGCGAGUAUCAACAUACAACUUAGGCUACUUUCACACUGGCGUUUUGGCUUUCCGUUUCUGAGAUCCGUUCAGGGCUCUCACAAGCGGUCCAAAACGGAUCAGUUUUGCC